CCUGGUUGGCAACAGGAAGGAGCUAGGCUUGAUCUCAAGGAAGCUGGGGACCCGGUUCCAGAGGGCAACAAACUCAGAGCAGUACCGCCAUGGAUUCCCCGCCGAGUCAUUCCUGGAUUUAUCCUACCGUGAUCCUCUGCCUGUUUGGAUUUUUCUCCAUGAUGAGACCUUCAGAACCCUUCCUCAUCCCAUAUUUAUCGGGACCAGACAAAAACCUGACAAGUGAGCAGAUCACCAACGAGAUACUUCCCGUUUGGACGUACUCUUACCUGGCUCUGCUGUUUCCUGUGUUCAUCCUCACCGAUUACGUCCGCUACAAGCCCGUCAUCGUCCUACAGGGGAUUAGCUUCAUGGCUACAUGGCUGCUGCUCUUGUUUGGCCAAGGAGUGAUGGCGAUGCAGGUUGUGGAGUUCUUCUUCGGAAUGGUAACCGCCACCGAGGUGGCCUACUACGCGUACAUCUACAGCGUGGUCAGUCCAGAGCAUUACCAGAAAGUCAGCAGCUACUGCAGGAGCAUCACCCUGGUGGCCUACACGGCGGCCUCGGUGCUGGCCCAGCUCUUGGUCUCCCUGGCGAACCUCCCCUACUUUUACCUCAAUGUCAUGUCCAUGGUGUGUGUCUCCAUGGCCUUCCUUUUUUCACUUAUUCUGCCUAUGCCCAAGAAGAGUUUGUUCUUUCAUGCCAAACCCAGCAAAGAAUCACUUCGCACAAAUGCAGUGUUAGGUGAGCCUCCCGAUGCUGGUGGUCCGGGCAUUCAAGAGGAGACUCCCACUACAGACUUUCCGACCCUCUCCAGGCCUGCGGAGGCCAGCCAGUUGAGUAGCCCAAAGCCCGAAAACGUGGCUGUGAGAGUCUUUGUGCAAUGGUUCCAAGACGUGAAGCAGUGCUACUCCUCAAAGCGCCUGUUUUACUGGUCCCUGUGGUGGGCUCUUUCCACAGCGGGUUUUAACCAGGUUUUGAACUACGUUCAAAUGCUAUGGGAUUACAAGGUACAGUUUCAGAACUCUUCCAUCUAUAAUGGGGCAGUAGAAGCUAUCGCAACUUUUCAAGCGGCCCUGGCUGCCUUUGCCGUCGGUUAUGUGAACGUCAACUGGGACCUGCUGGGCGAGCUGGUGCUGGGGGUCUUCUCCGUGGCCAAUGCAGGUGCCUUGCUCCUCAUGCAUUACACCGCCAACAUCUGGGUGUGCUAUGCUGGCUAUUUGGUAUUCAAGUCCGGCUAUAUGCUUCUUAUAACCAUAGCCGUAUUUCAGAUCGCAGUUAAUCUCAGCGUGGAGCGCUAUGCCUUGGUAUUUGGAAUCAACUCUUUUGUUGCCUUGGUGAUCCAGACCAUUGUAACCGUGGCUGUGGUGGAUCCCAGGGGGCUCAACCUGCCCAUCAGCAGUCAGUUUUUAGUUUACGGGCUUUACUUUGCAGUCAUUGCCGGAAUCUUCCUCAUGAGAAGUGGAUACAUCCUCUACUCGGCCAAGUGGGGAAAGCCGGCCCGGAGCUCUGCUGCACAUCAGACUCUCUAUGGGCCACACGCAGAGGAACCACGGCCCGAGAGCACCGAGUAGAAGCCCUGGCUCGCCACUGAGGGCUCAGAGGGGGCCUUCUGCUGGCCCCAGAGAUCCCUCAGGAGCACCAUCCGCCGGAUGGCCCGAGCUCACGGGCUUCACAACCGCAGCAAUAAAACGUCAGCUGGACAAGCUCCAACCUCCCGGGAGAAGCAGCCCGUCGGGGGAUCCCAACCAAGAGUUCAGACCGAGAAGUCCUGAUGGACAUCACUUGGCAAGGGUGUUUGAACAGCUGGAAACCACGAGGAGACUCCAGCUGCGCACGGGCCCCCUUGCUGGGAAGGCUUGUGGCUUGCUUCAAAUACUUUUAUGAUGUCAUGUAAACAGGCUCCUCCAAAGUCAUUUGUGGCCACAUGAGCCAUUUCCCUUCCUCAUCCAUCAAGUCGAUUUCUGUGCAAUUCACCGACUCUCUGAUCGUUACCAUGGAGCACUGGACUCCUCUAAAUAGACGGUCGGGGGUCAAACCCACCCUUCGCUCUGAGGGCGCUGAGGUUCUCUGUUCCCGUAAAGAUUUCCCCUCUCAGAAAUUCAGUGACCUCACAGGGUUGCUAUGAGUCAGAAUUGACUCACUGACCCUGGAUUUUGGUGAGAGAGAUUGGCAAAGUUGGAUCCCAUUUCGAAGGCUGCCUCUUCACCCCUCACAAUAGUGCAUUACGCGGAAGCCAACAGGAGGUCAUCGGUGUGCUUAGGUGGCCUCUCUUGAGGAACUUGACCUUGGAAAUCACUCCAAAUUCACUGCGAGCCUCGAUCGAUCGUGUCAUUUUCCAGAGAGGCUGGCGGCAGCCAAUGAGCCUCCUGCCCACUGUUACCACAAGCCAGGAUGCUGUGUCGGCAUGGGGUCCUGGCUCUCCUGACAGUGAAAGAAUGAAGUAGGAAUGGACAGGGGAUCGAGGGGAGAGGAAACAAGCCAAACUCACGGCCAGCGAGUCCACUCUGAGUCCUGGGGGGCCUAGAGGACAGGGCAGCACUGCCCCAGGGGCUUCUGAGACUGACACGCCUAGCCUAGAAGUACUUUUUACAUAAGAAAGGAGCUGCGGGCAGAGACUUGUUUUGCUUUGAAGUCAUGGGUUUCCGUGUGGAAGACCGGAAUACACGUGUGCAAACACGUGACAAGGCCUCUCUCCUCUUUUGCUGUCAGUUUCCCGGCCGUGUCUCCUUGGUAAGGAGGGGAGGGGGUGCACUUGGUAAGGAGGGGGUGCCCUGAGCGUUCUGUUCCUGGGAAUAAGGAAUGCAGAUUCAUUGUAUUUGGAAUUCAAAUAGACCUCCCUCCACAGCCUCAAUGCUAACCGACCACAGGACCAAAAAGAACUCCACUCCAUUCCCUGGCUCCCCGUGGCCUAGAAGAAGGGCUAAGAGCCCAGGCGCUUGCUUCCCACAAUGGCCUGAGGGGAUCUGCCAAAGGGGUUCACUACUCACUUGACCCACAAAAUCACGCAAAUCAAGAGAGUCAAAUCUUGGGGUCAUUUUAAGAACACCCAGGAAACUGCCCAGGUCACCAAGGGUCCGCAUACCCAGAAAGCCACCAAGUAUUUGAAGGGUGUUACUUUGUCAAAGUAGUGUGUGCCCUUCCGACAUGACAAUGGUGGAGUGGGUAGGUGUACCCAGAGCAAACGGUGGGGUUGGACCUAGGGUCAGUGCCACCACCCCCAAAUGCUGAUUUUUUUGCUGCCCAUCCUUAAAAAAUGCAGAAAGGAAUUACGGACUUAAGGGUUUAGAUGUGGAUUCUCCAGUCAGUGAGUACAGCCAGGUAAACAAAACCCCGAGAUGUACUGCUGGCCUUACAGAGCUUGUGGUCUGUAGGAUCCACUCCGAUGUGAGCUGCCCUGUCUGCCACAUGGAAAGGAUCCUUCCUGAAAAGGAUCACGUUGUCCCUAAGCCAGAAGAGGAGGCUGCACAGAAGAAAAAGAUACCCCCAAAGAAUCUGAAGAGGCCAAAACGUACAUUAGGGCGUGGGAGUACAUUAAGCUUAAAAUAAAAGCUAAUACAUUUUUUUAAAAAACAAGAGCUCAGGCUUGGAGCUGAAGGUUGGAGCAGCCGUGCUGAGCCCCUGCGUGGAAUGUUUAAAAUCAGGCUGGUGAUGAAAAGAAGCCUUCACUGUUCAUUUACAAAUCAAACUAGCAGUCACUUCCGGAGGUUGUCUUGAAGAUUAAAUUAGAUUAUUGUAUAAGAGUAGUUGAAAUUAGGUUCUAGACCAUUAAAAAAAUGGAAAGAUGCUAACGAAUGACAGGGGAUGGGUAUGAUCUUCCUACCUUCAGUACCUGGAUCGGGAAGGCCAGACAGGAAAGAGUUGAUUCUCAGUAGGCAGAAUGUGGGAACCGACACACACACACACACACACACACACACACACACAUCCGUGUCUAGAAAAGGAAGCUGAAGCGUGUAAAGGUAUCCCAUCAUGCAGAAGGUUUGAUUUUAUUGUUAAUAAGCUAGUUGCAACUCCUCCGUUGUUAGAGAGGCUCAUCCAAAAAACAAACUCACUGUCAUUGGGUCCACCCCAACUCAUAGCAAC